AUGUCUAAGAGCUUAGCAGACCGGAUAGGACUACAGCUCAGUCGGCAUCUAAUACCAAUAAGUGGUAUCAGCGAUGUUCAAACAGUAGAAUUUUGUCAAGUUUGCAGUGUGUACAUUUCCUCAAGAGAUGCUGACUGCGGCUCAUAUGCUGUCUGUGCAUUACUGCGUAUAGUAGAGCCACUCCCAGCGGCAGCCCUUGAAACCUCCACGUGGCAACUUCCUAAGCACGUAAGGUUAGCGGACCCAUCAUUUAACGAAACUGGUGAGAUUGAUCUUCUGCUUGGAGCAUCGAUCUUUUUUGAUGUAUUGCAGCCUGGUCAACUGAAAAGAGAUAACCAUCCAACCUUACAGAAAACAUCAUUUGGUUUGAUUGUUUCAGGAAAUAUACCUCCUCAUUCAGUUAAGUCCAAUGCUCGAAGAGUACUGCCAUGCCUUGCACACAAUACCAGCCUUAACAUUCAGGUCGAAAGGUUCUGGCAGCAAGAAGAAAUGAAGUCUGUUACUGUGCACACAAAAGAAGAGCGAUUAUGCGAGGAGCAUUUUGCUAAGGCCAUUCAGAGGAAUGCAAAUGGUAGAUUCGUGAUGAAACUGCCAGUGGUAGACAGUUAUGCAGGACUAAGUCCGUAA